AUGAUCGCCGCCAGCAGUAGCCAAUUGUUUAGGAUGGCGCGAAACCCAGAGUCGAAGAGUGCAGCAAUAUCGGCGACUGUGGAGUGUCUGGGGAGCCUGCGUCAAGCAAUUACUACACCGGAGUUUGGUGACCUUGGAGUGACUAUACUGCCGACAACGUUGAUGCUGGCUACGACGUGUGUUUGCGCUGGGGAUACUACGACCUUUCGGAAGCAUCUCAACGGGGCUCUUCACAUUGUUCAGCGCGACAAAGCGAAGUAUAGUCUGGACCCUUUAUGGUGGAUGAGUCUCAAGUGGCUCGUCCACAUGCUUUUGAUGAAUAGAUUGUCAGGCCUGCCCCUACCUUCACGGCAGACGAAAGGGUUCAUUGACUGGGACUACCUUUUGACAUGUAUGCCUGAUUUAGGCCGCAUUGAUCUCACUUCCGGCUUUUCUCGAGAGCUGGUGACUGUUCUCAAUAUGGUUUGCGAGCUAUCUGAGCCACGUUGCAUGAAUGUCGAUGCAGGUGGCCAAUUGCAUGGAAAUGGCCUAGCACGCAGUGCAUGUUCUCACGAGCUUGAACUUCGAUUGAUCGAGCUUCGGAAAAAGACCGCCUCAACAGUAACAGACACGGUGCUCCGGACAGAACUAGAGACCAGCCAUAGACUGUUCACUGAUGCAACACUACUAUGUCUAUACAGACGAGUUGACGAACUACCCAAGGACAACCCCAAAGUUCAGACAGCAGUGAAAUCGGCCAUCAACUCAUUGCAGAAUAUUCACAAGCAGUCUCCUGUUCAUGCUCAACUCUUGUGGCCACUCCUUGCAGCAGGCUGCGACUCAAUGACUCACGCCGAACGUGUCAUCGUUGUAGAGACGAUGGAGAGCAUGACUGCACGGGGAUUGGGUAGCUACGACAAUGUCCUCGAGUUCAUGAGGGAUUAUUGGAAGCAUGGAGGCGAUAUGAGAUGGGACUUGUUCGCCAAGCAAACAGGAAAAGAUCUCGUACUCUUCUGA